AAUUAACUAAUGUUAAGCUUUUAAAACACAUUACUUCGAAACACCGUAUUGUUUAUCGGUCUUAGUUGACGCUUGGUGACGUCGUGUCACGUAAGCGUACUGUGAUUGCAGUUCACCGCAGUGUCCGGCAGGGGUCAGCGUUAACAGGUACCACACAGCAACCGCAGCAUCCCGGAUCAGAGAGAAAGAGAGAGAGGUGAGCACUGAGCAGAAGAGAGAUGCUCCGCUCGAAGCGAGCUCGUUCAGUCAGCGGGUCUGCUGUGGGAGAGAGCGGGCGGAGAGCGGGCUGAAUGAGGGCAGCCUCAACCUGUGCUUCUCAAAGGUUUGGCACCAGAUGAAUGAACAAGGCAUUUCAAGGUCCUAAAGGUGAUGUGAUGUCAUCAAGUGCAUUGCCCUGUUAAGAAACAAACAAAUACAGCUCAGUACUUUGGCGGUAUCUUGGAAUAGGAAUGGAAAUAAUGUGAGAUUAGGUUGUGAUUCUGCACUCCAUCCCAACUGUAAACUUUGAAAGCCUAGGUACAGGCAAGUGAGAGAACAAUACCUUUGAUGGAUCCAGGAUUAUCGUGGAGCUUUUGAGAGGGAAGCUCAGACUUAUACAACAUGAAUGUGCAAGGAAAGAUACAAGCCAGUGAAGUCAAUGAACAAGAAGAAAGACAGAACGACGACCAGCUGCCUUUGAUAGAAACAGUGGAAGACGCCAAUGCCAAUCAAAUCACCAAAGAGAAUAUUUAUUCAGAUGACAGAGAGCAUGGCAGCCCACUACCCUCUCUGGUGUCGCACUCCGAAGCCCAGGAGAGGAUCAUUAUCUGGGGAACACAUGCUCGGUGUGAAGACCCUGAGCUUGAAGAGUUUGAACUGCUGGAGUGUCAAGAGCUAGAAACAUUUGUAGUGGAAGAAGAAGAACAGGUAGACAUGCAGAGUGAAAGAAGCAGGAAGGGAGCAAAGCACUUCAGUGACAAAGAGUUUUCAUCUACAGCCAUCAGCACCACUGUUGGCUCCCCUUGGAAAGACCACAAUGAAAACCAUAAUGUGGAUGGAGAUGCAAAUGAGAACUCUCAGCCCCUUGACCUCAGGACCUCCAGCUCUCGCUCUGGUGUGAACCGGACCCUGAGAGAUGCACGAAGUGGUUCUGAGAGCAAUGUCUUUUCAUCUUCUCUUUCUGCAGUGACCAGCCUCAGUGGAAGUUUAGCCAGUGCCCUGGACAGUGCAGGCCGCACACAGCCUCUCUCUUCCCAGUCCACCAAGUCUACCUCAGACAAAGGCAGGAACCAGCAUCCAGCUACUACCGAGUCCUACAUCCACUCAGAGAGAAACAGGGAGCUUCCCAGUGAUUUGGACCAAAACCAUAACUCUACCACACUGCCUCAGGAACCACAAUAUGACCGAAGUAAGCUAAUGCAUCCUUCAUAUGGAGCAGUAAAACUGCAAAAAUUCCAAAUGGAAACAGAGCAGAAUGCUGGGAAAAGGAUGUCAACCGAGGUGCCGAAAGGUAUGGUGAGGGUGCUACCUUCUUGUAGGCAGCUAGUCCGCCCUCUUUCUACUGAAAAACGACUAACCUCAGGAUACCCCAGCAUAGACACCCAGGCAGACCAGCAACAAUCCCACUCCUCAGAGACAGGUCAGAGCCAUCCCCAAGUGCUGCCUACUACAGAAGUCAACAGCAAUCCCAAUGCAGACUCACAGACACCUCCCAACCAGGCUUUUACACGAGAAGCCCAACGCUUGAAGAGGCAAAGUUCAGCAGAUCGUGCUGCAAGUCCCUCCAGCCUAGAAAGGAAGACUCACUUCAGCAGGCGAGCCUACAGCAGUCCGACUAGACCUUCGACACCUCCAUCCCCCAAGACCACAAAAUCUCCCCAAAGACAGCCUCCUUCCUCACCCAUCAAGACUUUACCUUCUCGAUGUCCUCAGUUGGGUUAUGCUGGCUAUAGCUCAGGCUUAAGAGCCCCAGUUAAAACCACAGUCAACACAAGCAUCCAUAAAACUCCUCCACAGCAGACAUUAAUGGAGACCUCCCCUCCAAGUAAGUGCCUGCCAAAACCUAAAAGUGUCCGGCCCAAAAUCAUUACAUACAUUCGGAAGACUCCCCAGGCGAAACCCCAGUCUUUUGAAGGAACAUACGACGUGCCAUCCUUACCUACGAGACUCUCAACAUACAGCAGCACACAGGCCAAACCAGCGGUCGGAGAUCAAGGGGAAGCCACUGUGCUAAGUGCCUCAAAUUUACUCUAUGAUAAGUAUCGUCAAGAGAUGCAGAAGGUCCGGUUCUUCUCACCUGGACUCAUGGUGUCUGGGAUUAAGCCACCCAGCAACACCAUGCCCCAUAAAAUGACAGGCAGAGCAGACAGCUUCUAUGGGUCUCUCAGCAAGCCUCUGUCUGCAGCGGUGGGCAGAUCUCCAUUAGCCCUUGGGUCUCCAGUUUCUGGAGCCGAGGACCAUUCUGCACCCCCAAUGGGUACACAGGAUAUGGGGAGUCUUUAUCGUCCACCACGAGGCCUAAGACCCCAGCUUGGCAUUGGUGCUGUAAACAGGACUCCCUCUGCAACUGCCAGGAACAGGAUGGUCCUAACAGUCCAGCCGAAGUCACCACUGACCCUCAGUCAACCAAUGCAGGCAGUAAACCCAACCACUCAAACCCCUCAGGAACCUCAAGAUCAGAGAAAGCCAGUGGCGAUUGGGUUAGCUGCUAAAUCCCUCCUGCCGAAGCCAGCUCAGUCUGGCCUGCGUCCUCCUGGUUACUCGCGCCUCCCGCCGGCUCGUCUGGCCGCCUUUGGGUUUGUUCGGAGCUCUAGCGUCUCCUCUGUGUCCAGUAACCACUCGACUGACAGCACACGGAGUGACCCCUGCCGACCUGCCUACCGUCCCAACAGUGUAAGUGAUGAGCCGCCACCGCUUCACCGCGUCACCACGUCACCUCCUGGAGAUGGAUCCAGAGCACCGUGCCGUAGCACCCCUCAGCCCCCCAACACCCCUGCACCCACACGCCGCUCCCUGCUGCCCCCUCCUCGAAGCUCCCCCGUAGCAUCCCGUAAGGAAUUCCAGAAGAGUUCUGACGGCACCCGUUCAUCUCUCUCUUCCCCUAAGAGACUUGCUGUAGUGUCGCCUAAACCGCAGUCUCCAGUCCUUCAGAGGCAACAGAGGGCAACAGUGGUGAUCCGAGGCUCAAGCAUGCAGAUUUUGCCUCGUACUGGCUCUCCGGGCCCAGAGAAGAAAAAAGAAGAAGAGCAGAAGAAAGAAAAAGAGCGAGAGGAAGUAGAGAGGAAUGAAGAGAUGCAGCUCUUGCAGGGUCGCUGUGAAGAACAGGCCAGGCAACUACACACUCUUCAGACAGAACUAAAGAAAACCAGCAUGAGUCUGGAGGUCUUUGUGAUCUGCACUCAGCACUUCUCCCUCAAGAGUGAAAAUGCUGAGGAGAAGGAGAGAGAGUUGUCCCAGGAACUCAGUCGGAUUCAACAUGAAGUGGCCUUUAACGCAGCUCGCUGGGAGCGUCUUCAGAAGGAGAAGAGAGAGCUGGAGGAGUGUUUUGAGAGGGAGCUGAGAGAGUUACAGGUCCAGCAGGAGUCUGAACUCGCUACCGUAGAGGAGAACCUGAGAUUACGGCACGCUUCAGACCGAGACCAUCUCAGAGCAGAGCACCAAUCAGAGGUGGAGGAGCUGUGCACACAGCACCAGGAACAGAUUGAAGAGUUGACUGCCAACCAUGAGGCUGCCCUUGAAGACCUGAAGACCAUGCACAACAUCACUAUGUCAACACUGCAGGAAGAGCAUGCCAGGACCAUGAGGGACUUAAGGAAAGCCCAUGAGCAGCAAAAGGCCAGUCUAGAAGAGGACUUUGAGAAACUGCGCCUCUCGCUUCAGGACCAAGUGGACACUCUGACUUUCCAGAACCGGACUCUGAAAGAUAAAGCCAAGCGUUUUGAAGAAGCUCUGAGGAAGAGCACUGAUGAACAGAUUGUGGAUGUGCUGGCGCCAUAUCAGCAUAUAGAGGAGGACUUGAAGAGUCUGAAGGAGGUUUUGGAGAUGAAGAACCAGCAAAUUCAUGACCAGGAGAAGAAGAUCUGUCAUCUGGAGAAAGUGCAGGCCCAAAAGAACCUGUAUCUGGAGGAGCGGGUCCAGGUGCUUCAGCAGCAGAAUGAAGACCUGGUGGCCCGCAUUGAUCGCCAUCUCACAGUGUCAAGACAACUGUCUGAGGAGAACGCGAACCUUCAGGAGUAUGUGGAGAAGGAGACCAACGAGAAGAAACGGCUGAGCCGCAACAAUGAAGAGCUGCUCUGGCUUCUCCAGACGAGUCCCCAUCUGUCGCCUUCCUCUUCUCCCAUCCACAGAGCCUUCUUCCCCGGCCCUGAUAUCCCUCCUUACCCUUACUCUCCGGGUCCUGGGACCCCCACACACUCCUGUUCUCCUGGCCCCUCUCCGGCACCAGGGACGCCCACUCUCAGAGGCUCACCGGCAGCACGCUCGUCCCCUGCCCGGAUCCCAAACGCCAACACUUUACCCAGAUGAGCUGUUUUACUGAAUCCCAGUCACAUCGCCCAUUUUCUGGGCGUGCAGACCAUUUCUUAGAAAACAGGUUUUAUUUAUUAAGAUAAUGUCAACCCGAAUGGUCAGACAGCCUUUGUCACUUCCGUUUGUUAACGCAAAAAAGUUUUUUUUGUCUCUGAGAAUCGGACUUUGUAAAUGCGUAGCAUCAGAAUGAAAGAGCUAAUGAUGCUAAUGCUCAUGAUGUGCUGCCAGCAAUGCUUGGUCUGCAUGGAGGCAGGACCGUUUUUGUGUAUAUAGAAGUAGCUCAACUUUGACUUUAAAACAUGCUGUACAGACACAAAUGUCUGUAGUUUCUUCUAAAUGACAUACGAGAACUUUAUACAACAAAAAGCACUUUAGGUUUCUGCCCUACCUUCUUCCUACAGAUAAAUGCACCAGCAUUUUUUGUGGUCUGGUUUAUUUUUUUAUGCGAUAUGUCUUCUGAUUUUACAAAUCUCCCAAGUUCUGAUUUAGAAUGUUUCGAAUUAGUCAAGACAUAUAUACUGCAAGAUGUCAUUUUCUUAAUUUUUUUCUUACAGUAAAGUUAUCAAAAUAUUCUUAAAAAAUGAGCAUAUUAUUAAUAAAAAAAUUUAUCCUAUCCCCAUGGGCAUUUUUUAAAGCAUAACUUCAAAUAUACAU